GAGUGGCCAAGAGUUGCACUAUGGACAGAGGGUGUGGCCACACUGACUGCUGCUUAGUUUCACCUGAGAACUAAAUAAGCCAGCUCCACAGGUACUGACACACAGAAGCAGGCCUCACAGGAUCCGCUCUAACUUUGGAUUAUUACUUCUUUAAAGGUGAGUCAGAGCUACUUUAUUUCCUCCAGUGCUUAAGAAUGACACAUUUCGCCUCUCUGCGUGUGUUUUUUCAUUGAUAUUCAAAUUUCCUCUAGACCGCACUUGCUUUACAAAGAGAGAAAAAUAAGGGUAGCAAUUCUUCCAUUUCAAGGUGUGUGUGUUAGAUUUAAGAUAAACAUUUGCGUGAGGGAGGUGAACAAUGACUUCACGGCAGAAACCUUUCACUCCGUGAAAUUAUAUUAGAGAUAAAAACAAGCAUUCAAAGAUGGCAGACUCUGAAAUUACAGCCUAAUGCGUCGCCUUUAUGUUCCUCUCAGGGUUAUAAUGGAAUCCACAAACAGGAGAGUAAAGGUGGCCGUGCUGCUUCUGCUAACAAUCCAGCUCCGAACAGGUGAGUGCUUUUUAUCUUGGGAGUGAGUUUGAAGCUGCUGAUAAGUACAGUCAAAGCAAAUACAACAUUUGAUGUCUUUGAACGCCUCUUUUUCUGUCCAUUGACUGUCCUGUUUACAAGAAGGCUUAUACUCUCUGAUCAUGGAGAGGGGAGGCUGUGUGAUUACUAACAGCAGGUGUUUUUUCAGUCUGAUCUGUGAUUCACACUGGCCGGCCUGCCAUGCUGUUAGCAAGAGAUCCAACAGUAAUACCGCAGAGUGAAUAGCAUAGCAGACAAUCAAUGGACUGUGCUCUGAUGAUGUGGGUGUCUGUCAGGUACCCCGCAUGGCAUUCAAAGCUGUUUCCAUAUGCGCUCCGAGCGAGGGGUCCAACUGUACGGUUUAAAAAUAAGACCCUGAGAGGCUUUAUUAAAAAAGAAGAGAGAUGGGCCGUCAUCCAAGCCGUCCUUUUGGAUUCAGAGUAGGCAUGAAAAUAGAGCAGAUCAUGAACAUUCAAACACGUACAACACAUACGAGGAAGAAAACACAUGCAAAACUUUGAUCAUGUCUAAAAAAAAACAAUGUUAAAAGAAAAAAAAGGGCUCCAGGCCUCACUUCAGUCGACACUGACUCUGAGUCAGCUGUGCUUUUAAAGACUGCAGACUCCUUCAAGUGUUAGCUGGAGUUUGUAAAAUACUCAUAUACAUGGGCAAAAACUGUCAAAUUCAGUGUGUAAGAAGCACUUUUGGAAGUUUUUUUGUUCUCUAAAAGGUGAGCUGUGUCCUGUACUUCAAACUUUAGACACUUUUCUCCUUCAUUAGAUCAAAGUUAUGCAUUCAAAGGGAAGAGUCAAGCUCUCCAUGAGGAGCUUUAAAGGUCAGAAGAAAGGAUAUAAGUUUUACCUUGAUGUCGCUGAAAUACCCACUCCAGUGAAAAUCCUGUUUUUCUUGUUGUCUACAUGUGCAUACGGCAUUUUUCUGACACUAUAGGACAUAUCAGAAAGAUAAGUGUGAAAUUGCAUUUCUGAGUAUUUCUGAAUUCAAAUCGCAGCGAAUCUCUAGCAGACCCAAACUGCAGGCUCAGAUACAGUGUGAUUUCUUACAUCACAAAUCCAAGCUCCGCCCCCGGAACCCCACAAUGUAGGCCAGACUCGAAGAAAUAGAGAGGACGGUCGCGGAACAAGCGUGUGCGUUAGCGUAAGAAACCUAAUUAUGAUUUCAACUUUCAUCAAUGCCGUGAAGACAUUAGUCUCUGAGAGCUGUUACCUGCUUCUUCUACUACACCGGCAACAUUAGGCUACGAGCUAGCAUGCUGGAACUCUAUAAUCACAAUCUAAAGACCACUGAGAACACUUUAAAUAAUCAUAUAAUCCGAGUCGGACUUUAACGGCUGUUUCAGGUAGGUGUUAACAGAUGGGACUAAACCUAGCUACACAGCUGCAUAGAAACUUCACAUUGCUGAAUAAGUUGGACUUCACACCUCUCUCUUUCUUUGUAGGCCUCCCAAAAGUUUACUUAGACUCGUGAAACUGUGACUAUUAUUCCAAAUUAGAUGAUAUUUCCCUGUAGACCGCACCGUUUCCAAAUAGUUUGAAAUAGUUUUGUUCCUUCUACACAAAAACCUCAAACUUUAAAGCUCCUGUUGGUCUGUGUUGACACUGGCGCCCCUCCUCUAGACAAACUGACACCUGUUAUUUGUCGUCUAUGUAAAAUGAGACAGAAACCUCAUCACUUUGUUUUAUAACAGUAAAAUAUAUCUCUCAGUGUGUGUGAGUGUUUGAUGAGUGAAGAGUCAAUAAGGCUGUUUAUUCAGUCUGCUGUCAGUCAUCAGGUCUGACACCCACCCCCCUCUCACGAUGUUUUUGUAGUGAAAUUAUCAGAGUUAUUGUUCAUGGUCUUGUUUGCUUUUGAAGAUCAUACAGAAGCUUCAGUUUCAGUUUCAAUAAAAAAAAAACCUCCUCAUAGUUUCUUUAACAUCAACACAUAAUUCAGAUCUGUUUAAUGUUUACUUUGGAUCACCGUGGAGCCCAAACUUCAUCAAUAAGGAGUCAGAUUUUGAUUCUGUUCUCAGUCACAGUCUUUGCAGUCAUUAGAGACCAAAAAGGCAAAGACUUUUGUUUCUCUGCUUCCCUGCAUAAUUUAAAGUCUUAUAUCUCCUCCUAAAACUCGGUCCCCUUUUUACGCGAGUGUUUCUGAUGCCCAAACUCCGUCAAAGAUGGGUCCAUGUCUUUUCCCGUUUUCCUCACCAAAAACCGCAGACAUGUUUCAGGCUUCAGGCAGCUUCACUCUCCUGGUGUAGAGGAACAACCGGCUCCUCCAUCGAAAGAAGGCGAAGAACUUUCCGGCAGAAAAGUUUUGCGGUUUCUCAGACUGACAGGAGAACAGUUUUCGUAUCGGAGGCCUGAAGUACAGUUUGGAAAUGUAAAGUACUCGAGUUUGAAAUUCAUGCUGACUGACUCGGGGAGGAUUUGUGUCGGUGUAGCUACAGGAAUCGAUCCAUUAUUGUUUCAUGACUAGUGCACAGAGUACUGUGAAGCCGAGUCUCUCAGCUUUCUGUGUUUUUAAACAUAAAUGAAGUCUGUGGUAAAUAUCCUGACAGUGAACACUCACUGUUUAUGAACGCUCUCUUCAUCUCACGUUGGGAUUCCUGCAGACUCCUCUGAUCUUCUGUGUAGUUUUUUGGUCUGGUACAGAAUUUUGGUCAGCUGCAGCGGUUUUAAACAUGCUUUAUGAAUAAAACAAACCAAAUGAAAAAUGAAUGAAAAAAACCCUCCAGCCUUUCAAACCCUGAUGCUGCAGCACCUCAUUAAAGCUGUAGUUUACUGCCUGCUGUGAAAGCCUUGAUUGAUUCCUCAAGUUCCAGUUUGAGUCCUUCGUAGCAAACGGAGAAGGAAAAAGCUUACAGCUCGUCGUCUGGGCCAGCGAGGAGGUUUGUGGGAUUUAAAUAUAUGCGGCGGCUCUUUGUGUCGAGCUUAGUGACUGUGCUUCACUGGCAAGUUAGCUUCAGCUGCCUCUCCACACGGAAAACACGUCUCGUUUGGAUCACAGCCGUUUUUGCCCAAGGGGGCUUCACAGUGUAAACAUUUGACUGACUAAUUUGAGCUUUUUUUUUCACGACCUCCUUCAUCAUGUCUGCCUUUGAAAUGCUUUCCUAAAUACCUCUGACAUUCGCAGCUUUGUUUCAGCGGCAUUGAAGUGCUAUAGUGGAUUUAAUGAGUCAAAGAGAGGCUGAUUUGAUUUAUCUACACGGUCUAUUAGAGGAGGUUAAACAUCUCAACGAGAAAACGCUCCUCUAUACGUCUGAGAGGCUGCGGCAUCAGCUACACAAAUAAGUCAAAUCUGUGAGGUUGCAUUGAGCUUUUUCUAUAAACGUCAGGCCAUCAGGGAUAAUUAAAAUCCAGGGCCAUAAACAAUGAGUCAGCGGGGUGUGUUACAACUCAGGGACAGCUUCUAACUGCCACUUGUCAGGUUCAUUUUUCAUGUUUGCUCACGCGUUCACUUUUCAUCAUCAUUUACCAACAUUUUUCUGACAGCUAAUGAGCCUCGAGAGGUUUAGAUUCAAACGUUACUCCAUUUUCGCAAAUAUAGGCCGAACACUUAUACUUUUAUUUCCGCAACCAAAUGAUUCUCGCUUCGACUUAAGAGGCCAAUUAGUCUCAGAUCAGCCUCUUUUUCCUCUUCCCCGAGAUGUUUGCGAGCACACACAGAGCUCAGACGGAGGGAGUGAGGAAAAUAUGGAUGUAUUUCAGGAGGGGAUUGUGCUCCUGUCUCUUUUUUUGUCCGAUUCUUGGCCUUUUGGCCUCGCUUAUUGGAGUCUCAGAGGGAAAUAAGGGUUCGUUUCAGACAGAGACACGCCUGACUUGUAUUUUUCUGCCCCUCAGAUGUUUCGAAGGCGAUGCAGGUGACCUCUUCGGGGCCACAGACCGUCCAGAUAGCUCAGGGGGAGAAAGUCAACCUUGGAUGCACUUUCACUCCUGCUCCUGAGGACAUCGGGGAGCUGGACAUCGAGUGGUCCAACGUCAGCCCAGACAUGACACAGAAGGACCAACUGGUGAGUGUUUGUUUGGAGACGGAGGAGGCUCUGACAGGCUCUGCAUUAAUUGCACACAAGAGGAGGGGGUUGUUACCUUCAGGCUCUGUUAGCAGAGAAACCUGCUCUUAAAGAAUCCCAUCACUCACUGUCAUGUCUGCGUCUCAGAUCUUAUCCUUCACAGGGGGUCUGAUGCAUCGUUAUGGAAACCCCAGCAUCUCCAGCAGGAUGAAUUUCAUUGGUAACCCUAAGCUGGGAGACGCCUCCAUCUCCCUCUCGGACCUGCGACUGUCAGACACAGCCACCUACCAGUGCAAAGUCAAGAAGGCGCCCGGUGUGGAUGUUCGAAAAGUCACCGUGGUGGUGAUGGGUGAGGAGAAAUUCCUUUUUUCCGGUUUUACCGGUUAGUUUCCUCCACCCUGUUCUUCUUUUAAAUGUUGCUCUCACUCACCUGGCCUGUCAGAGCUCUUUUAGACGGUUAUCACACCUCUCGCAGCACUCUGCCCCUCUUUCACACCUUCUUCUAAAGCGCAGAAGCAAACCUCUAAAAGCAGCCUUUGUGCCAUGUGUUCAUUUAUUCCUUUUCACCACCAGUUCGCCCGUCAGCGCCAAAGUGCUGGGUUGAAGGUGGAGAGGAGAGGGGCGGAUCCGUCUCCAUGCGUUGUAAAUCCUCUCAGGGGUCCAAUCCUAUGACCUAUAUAUGGAGGAGGGAGAGUGGAGGGACGAUUCCAGCCACUGCGACCCAAGGUGAGGAGAAAAGACGGGAUGUUGUGCAUUCAUGCUGCUGAAUUAGUAUCACGUGCUCAGAUUGAAUUCUGUCUUCUUUCAUUAAGACCCGCAGACCGGGGAGCUUUUGAUAAAGAACCACACAGACAGCAACAUCGGAACGUACGUUUGUGAGGCCAAAAACGCCGUCGGAAAAGGAGAGUGUAGAUAUGCACUACACGCUUACAACCGUGAGUCCAUGAUGUGAUCUAUUUACUCCAAAACUCCCAAGAUGAUUUUAUCCGAGAGGAUUUGAUCAAUGCAUAGUCACAAAGUUUGAAAAGUAAUUUGCAGAAUCUCAGCCUCGUGUGUCUGCAGAGGAAUAAAUUUGCACUGGUUUAACCUCAUUGUCCCUCUCCUCCAGCUACCAACAAGGCGGGCGUCAUCGUCGGCGCGGUGAUCGGUGCUCUCCUGCUGCUGCUCCUCCUCCUGCUCCUCAUCUGGCUCCUGAUCUGCUGCUGCCACAAACGCCGCUAUCAGAAAGAAGUCGCAAACGAAAUCAAGUAAUGAACAAACACCUCAAACAUUUAUAUGAAUUUGACUCUAGUUUGGUUAAAAUAUGGUACACACUACAAAACAAUCAGACAGAUUUUGGGCGAAUAUCCUCCUGCCUGCAAAACAGCAGAUUCCCAUGUGGUCUGACAUUUGUUUAAAGCGAUUUUAACCUCCCUGAUCUGGGGCCGCCCUCUGAAAGAAAACGCAAAUAUUAAAGGAGACCCGUUUGACUCAUUUUAACCUUUUAACAUACCAGCCUGCGAUGAAUACUCAAUAUUUUUUGAGGAUUUGAUGCCCAAAAAAAACCUGAUUUCAGUUCCUCAGGCGCUGCCCAACAAGGUUUCAUUACAGCUGCUUUGUACAAUUUCAAAUAGAGCUGACAAAUAUUCUAAAUUUGAAUAAAAGAAAGAAACAAAAAACUUUAAAAAAAAAAAAGGUCUGCUCUGCGAGUGAGCGCACGGUAAUGACGGGUCGGGGACAGGUCACAGGAGCUGCACCUGCAGUGAGACUCGACAAAAACCAUCCGUGGCACAUGCAGAGAAAGAUGGCGUGAUGUUCAGAGCCAAACUGGGAGAAAGUGGUCUGUACUCCAACGAACUUGAGAAGCUUCGUUUGGAAAUUCUUCAGAUUUUGGGCAGACACGGUAGACGGAAAAAUGCUGAGCGAGAUAAAGUUAUAUGCAAGCUGUCUAAGCCAGAUAUUAAAAUAUGUUUAAACCUUUGUGUUGUUUUUAGAACGAAUAUUCGAAGCAGUUUUAACAGCCCUAAUGCACACAUGUGGGUGUUACCUUUUACACAGCUUAGUAGCCACAAAACGCCCUGAAAGUGACCCCUUAGGUCAGCCCACAUUUGGCUCCCACUUUAGCUCCAUUAGCUUUUAUUCUCGCUCUCGUGACGUCGCCCGCUCUCAUAGUCUGACUUACAGCCUGUGGUUCUGAGAUUUCAGGGACGGUCUUAAUUGACAGAACAGCCCCAGGUUUAGUAACAGUUGGGAUGCAAAUCCAGCCGGCUCUGGUUUCUGUUUACAAAGGAGUAUCAGUGAAGUGGUGCGCACAGACUCUCAGUCUUUCCACUUUUUUUCUUUUGUCUUUGGAAGAAAAAUAUCUGUGACUCUCCUUCACGAGUAAAAGAAUAUUUAUGAGGAACUUCUGAGGACUUACUGAAUAAAUAGAAGUGAAGAGACGCUGCUGAGCGCCGAAAUGGACUUUUCAAUGAGAGGGAUGAUUUGAGGGUGUGUCUAUGAGAGCGCUGUACGGAGCCACUGUGAGUGUGUGUCCUUCAACAUUGUCCAAACAGAGAGGAAGAGCUGAGUAUCAGGGGCGAAUCUGCCCGAGUCAAGAAGAGAGCAACUGUAGCCAUGGCAACAGUAGUAAACACAAAGGUGAUGGUUGUCGGAAACAGAAACCGGCUUUUUUGACAGGUGGCAGCAACACGAGAGUGAAACAUACAGCUGUGUAAGUGACAAAGGGAGGAGUCGGAAAUACUCAAGAGCCAGCCCGCCGUUCACCAUGUUUGUUCGCUCUUCAAACAUUUUUAACUACGAGAGAUUUGGAGAGAUCUCAGAGUCUUAAAUUUUCAAACCAAGAUCUUCCAGCAGCUAAAUUGUGUUUCCCUGGUCCUCUUCUUCGCUGCUCGUCUCUCCCUGCUCUCCACCCCAGCUCUUUUCUGCCUCUGUCUCAAAAAGGCGAACAAACCCCCCAUCCAGAAAAAAAACAAAGAAACUCACUCCUAAUAAGACCUGGAGACCCUGUUAUUGAUUGACUUGUCUCCUCAGGGAGGAUGCCGCCGCCCCGGAGAGCAGACCCACCAGCAGGAACUCCAGCCUACGCUCGGUGAUGGGGUACCGCACCCACCCAGGGGUGAUCUACAGCUCUGUGAGGAGCCACCUGCCGAACAGGGGGUCAGGCCGCAGCGCCGUCUACACAGGAGGGAGUAUCGCAGGAUCGUCUAUUACUGCAGGAGGGAAACCUGCUGAUCUCAAAUACGACCCCAGAUACGGAUACCCCGUGUAACAACAAACCGACUCUAUGACAGUGUUUUUAUCCUCACAAGACUUUUGUACAAAUACUCCGUUUAAUAUAAAUAUAUAAUAUAUCUGAUGAGUGAUGCAGUUCAAUAUGCUGUUUUUUAAAGUGGAGAAUAAUGGGAGCGCUGGUCUUUGACUACUGGGGACUCUUACCAAACCUGACCUCUGACCUCUGCCCUUUGGACAAACAUGACUUUUCUUAAUGCACUGUAGCUCUUUCAUUACUGCUGGAAACAAGAACAGGUUCUCACAAUGUAAAUCUCUCUGACACAGAUUUCCUUUUAAGUGUUUGUAAAGGUACAGAAUGUAAAUAUAUAUAAAUGUUUUUUUAAAGAUGCAUAUGUAGCUCUGUGAAAUCAUGGAUAUUUGUGAGUGUAAAAUAAAACUUGUUUUUGUUUUUA